GUAUAGGGAUACUAAUCAUUAAAAUAUUGUACUUAAAAUAAAUACUUAUUUAUUAAUUUCCAUUAAAUACUUUUGUAAAUAGAUGAAUAUUUAUUAAAAUUAACUUAAAUAACUCUCGUUUUGAAUAUGAAUUUCUUUUACUUGAAUUAAUAUUGACUAUCGUAAUGAUUAAUUAAAUGUAAUAUCAGGUUGUCCAACUAAUCGCACCUAACAUAACCUCCAAUGAUGAGCUGAAAAUUGAAGUCUUCUACGUGACAGAGUUGUAAUUUUGUGUUGUAAUAUAAAUCAAACUGAUAAAUAUUUAACAAAAUGCCACGUUUACCAUUGCAUCCCUCAUCUGGGAUUGGUAUUUCGAAUGCUUUCUAUCCUAGAUCAAUACGAUUUGUUCGUUAUGGAUGUGCUAACAGACCUUUUUAUCACAUUGUUGUUAUGCCUACUAAAAGUGGACAACACAAACCCCCGAUAGAACAACUAGGUACCUAUGACCCUAUGCCAAACAAAUAUGAUGAAAAAUUAAUUGCUUUAAAUUUCGAACGGAUACAAUAUUGGUUGGGACAAAACGUAACAGUAUCAAAACCAGUAGCAAUAUUGUUAGGACUUUGUGGUUUCUUUCCAAUACAUCCAAGAACAUAUAUGAAAGCAUGGAGAAAUCGAAAAAAAGCUGCAGAAGAAAUUGAAAGAAAUAACAGUGGAGAAUCAGAAUCGAAAACAGAAACAGAGGCUAUAGGCUAACAUAUUUUAGUUAUUUUAUUUAUAUUAUAUAUUUAGUAUGUAAACAAUGUAUGCAUUUGAAUAAAAUUGUUACUAAAAAUAAAAUGUUAAAUUGAUUUAAUAGUACAUUAAUAAGAGCUUAAUAAAGAACAAAGUAUGCAAUAAAAUAUGAACAGUACAAAUAAAUAUACUUAUUAGA